GUAUCCUUUCAUGAGGUAAACAUUCUGCGCCGUCAGAUGAUACGAAGAUAUCAAGGAUGGGGACCCAAGUAAAAGAUGUAGUGAUCAAGUCUGAUGCCCCCAGUGCUCUACUGUUGGACAAGCAUGCAGACUAUAUUGCUGCCUACGGCUCCAAGAAGGAUGACUAUGAGUACACCCUGUCAGAGUAUCUGCGGAUGUCAGGUAUCUACUGGGGCCUGACGGUGAUGGACUUGAUGGGUCAGCUGACCAGGAUGAACCAACAGGAGAUCUCUGACUUCAUCAAGUCCUGUCAGCACGACUGUGGAGGGGUCAGCGCCAGCAUUGGACACGACCCACACGUCCUCUACACGCUCAGUGCUGUACAGAUCCUCUCGUUGUACGAUAACGUGAACGUGCUGGACGUGGACAAGGUGGUGGAGUACGUCAGAGGACUGCAGCAGGAGGAUGGCUCGUUCGCUGGAGACAAAUGGGGGGAGAUAGACACACGAUUCUCUUUCUGUGCUGUCGCAACACUCGCAUUGCUGGGUAGGCUGGAUGCCAUUAACAUGGACAAGGCUGUGGAGUUUGUUCUGUCCUGUAUGAAUUUUGAUGGAGGGUUUGGCUGCAGACCAGGAUCAGAGUCUCAUGCCGGACAGAUCUACUGUUGUACAGGGUUCCUGUCUAUAGCAGGUCAGUUACACCAGGUGAAUGCUGACCUGCUGGGCUGGUGGCUCUGUGAGAGACAGCUUCCCUCGGGAGGUCUCAACGGACGCCCUGAGAAACUGCCUGAUGUAUGUUACUCGUGGUGGGUGCUGGCCUCCCUGAAGAUCAUUGGUAGAAUCCACUGGAUAGACAAGUCCAAGCUGAGGUCCUUUAUUUUGGCCUGUCAGGAUGAGGAGACUGGGGGCUUUGCUGACCGACCAGGAGACAUGGUGAGUUCAUCAUAUCAUCUCGGUUAACCCAGGAUGUAGCAGGUAGGAACGGAGAUGUAGCAGGUAGGAACGGGGAUGUAGCAGGUAGGAACGGGGAUGUAGCAUGUAGGAACGGGGAUGUAGCAUGUAGGAACGGGGAU